AUGGAGCAUCCCGGCGGUGACCGAGACCGCCUGCUAGGCAUGGUCGUGCUCUCCAGCCUCACAUUCCUCGUACUCGCUGUCACGCCUCCGCUGCGCUUCCUCGUCAGCAUCUUUUCGAACUUCAUCUUCGCCGGCAUCGUCGGCUUCCAGCUGGCCGAGCUCAUGGACCGCAAGUACCGCAAAGAAGUCCGGCUCAAGCACCCCACCGUCUUCAUCAGCGGCUGUGACAGCGGGUGGGGUUUGCACACUGCCCGCCGUCUCCAUGAACACGGCUUCGAGGUUUACGCCGGCGUUAUGGACCCCGGCUCGGAUGGAGCCACCGUCCUCAAGGAGAUGCGGGUCAACGUGGUGCCCCUGGACUACAUGGAAGAGGACAGCAUCGUGCAGGCUUACAAGACGGUGACCACGAAACUUGGUGACAAAGGUGCGUCCGCAGCAUAA